UACGACAGUUCCUGAUUGUUUUUUCUGACAGAGCAGCUCCAGUGUUGUAUAUUUCAGCGACGUUAUUGACACUUUUUAAAAUAUAAUUUAAUCAAAUAUUAAAUCAGUCGUGUAUUUAUUUAUGCGUGUGUAUUUUUGACGUGUCAUUUUGUUUAUGGAAAGUUUCAUGCUAGUUUUUUAAAAUCAAAAUUUGUGCCAUAUUAGCUAGCCAGCUAGCUUACACGAUUCAUAUAUCAUAUCCAUGCGAAAACUUUCUUGAGUGUGAUGUGAAGAUCAGCUAAACAGCAUGUGUGCGUGGAUUUUUCCGGUACGCACUACGUCAGAAUUUUACGUCUACUCGGAAGUACAUGAUAAUUUUUUUUUAAAAAUAUUGUUUAAAUAUAAAUGACAAGCAUUUUACACUUUUUAUAAAUGAUCAAAAGAGAGUAUUCGUUCAUGUUUCGCUCCGUUUGAAGUGAUAUAUUUGAUGAACUACAGGGAAAAACGCGUAACCUUGUCAUUUACGGCAGUUUUACGACAGUUUGUGACAGGCGCCGAAUUUGGAAAGUUCUUGAUUGUUUUUCUGAGAGAGCAGCUCCAUAGCUGGAAACAUUUCAGCGCCUUUGACAGCGACUUUUUUUUAAAAGCAGUUUAAUAUAUUUAAUCAGUCGCCGCUUAUUUUAUGGAAAGUUUUUUUAAAUCCACAGUUGUGCUAUAUUAGCUAGGCAGCUGGCUUAUUGCUACUUUGACAACAGAGUGCCUUGUUUUGACGCGGACGCGCCGCCAUGGCCUGUUUAAAUACACACCAGCUCGCUCAGCAGGUCUGUAGAUGAUAGUGAUGAUCAUUGUGGGAAGGUUGCUGUAUCGUUUGGCAGCUCAGAGUCGUGUUUGUCGCUCGAUAUCCAUUAGUAUGAUCAGGAGAACUCAGAUUAAGAAGGUGCUCUGCGUCGCUGAGAAGAACGAUGCAGCCAAAGGCAUCGCAGAGAUCAUGUCAAAUGGCAGAUCAAGAAGAAGAGAAGGGUACUCAGUCUACAACAAGAUAUAUGAGUAUGAAUAUAAUCUGUUUGGACAAAAUGUUACUGUGUGCAUGACGUCUGUGUCCGGACACCUUUUAGGUCUUGAAUUCAAAGCUCCUUUUCAGAAAUGGCACAGCUGUAAUCCAGUCUUGCUGUUUGAUGCCGAGGUGGAAAAGUAUUGCCCUGAAAACUUUGUGCCAGUUAAGAGGACCUUGGAGAGAGAGGCUAGACAGUGCCAAGCUCUGAUCAUCUGGACUGAUUGUGAUCGUGAGGGUGAAAACAUCGGCUACGAGAUUAUUGAUGUCUGCAAGGCUGUCAAGCAAAACAUUCAGGUGUUCCGUGCUCGGUUCUCUGAGAUUACUCCCAAUUCCAUUAGGAGAGCCUGCGAGUCUCUAACUGAGCCAGACGUUAAUGUCAGUGAUGCUGUGGAUGUCCGGCAAGAGCUUGAUCUCCGCAUUGGAGCAGCAUUUACAAGGUUCCAGACUUUAAGGUUGCAAAAGAUCUUCCCAGAAUCUCUGUCUAAUCAGUUGAUUAGUUACGGGAGCUGUCAGUUUCCUACCCUGGGCUUUGUGGUGGAGAGGUUUAAAGCUAUUCAAGCGUUCAUCCCUGAGAACUUCUUUAAAAUUAAAGUGGUUCAUGAGCCUAGUGAAGAGGAAUUGGUGGAAUUCAGCUGGAAAAGGCAUCGCCUGUUCAACCACACUGCUUGUCUUGUGCUUUACCAAAUGUGUAUGGAGGACCCAAUAGCAAGAGUGAUCUCUGUAACAAGUAAACCAAAAAGCAAAUGGCGUCCAUUACCCCUUGACACUGUGGAACUUGAAAAACUGGCUUCAAGGAAAUUGAGGAUAAGUGCUAAAGAGACCAUGAGAGUAGCUGAGAAGCUGUACACACAAGGGUUUAUCAGUUACCCUCGUACUGAGACCAACAUGUUUCCGAGAAACCUGAACUUGAUCCCGCUUGUUGAGCAGCAGACUCAGGACAACGAAUGGGGGGCUUUUGCUCGAGGCAUUCUGGAAAGCGGUGGGCCGACACCUCGAAAUGGAAACAAAUCCGACCAGGCCCAUCCUCCCAUUCACCCUACCAAAUACACAAAUAAUCUACAGGGAAAUGAGAAACGGUUGUACGAGUUUAUCGUUCGUCACUUCCUGGCCUGUUGCUCCAAGGAUGCACAGGGUCAGGAAAUGACUGUAGAAAUUGACAUUGCUGAAGAGAAAUUCUCUGCAAGCGGACUGACGAUUAUUGCUCGUAACUACCUCGAAGUUUACCCAUACGACAAGUGGUACAAUAAGGUUAUUCCGUUAUAUACACCUGAAACAACAUUCCAGCCAACCGCUAUUGAGAUGGUGGAAGGAGAGACCAGCCCACCUCAGCUCCUCACUGAGGCUGACUUGAUUUCUCUAAUGGAGAAACAUGGCAUCGGCACAGACGCAACACACGCUGAACACAUUGAGACCAUCAAGAGCCGCAUGUACGUGGGCCUGACUGAUGAUCAGAGGUUCCUUCCUGGGGAGCUUGGGAUGGGUCUCGUUGAAGGGUACAAUUCCAUGGGCUAUGAAAUGUCUAAGCCGGACCUGAGGGCAGAGCUGGAGGCAGACCUGAAGCUCGUGUCUGAAGGGCGGAAGGACAAGGCGUCUGUCCUCAGACAUCAUGUGGCAAAAUAUAAGACAGUUUUCAUAGAAUCUGUCAGGAAGGCAAAGAAGUUGGACGAGGCUCUGUCCAAUUAUUUAGGCCAGGCCCAAGAGUAUACAGAGCACGAAGAACAGGAGUUAGAGAUGCCAUUACCGGUGCGGAAGUGUCCGCAGUGCAGCCGAGACAUGGUUUUGAAGAAGAAGAAGGACAGCACAGGGAAGUUUCUGUCAUGCAUGGGCUACCCGAGCUGCAAGGCAGCAGUAUGGUUUCCAGACACGGUGCUGGAGGUCAGCAGAGAUGACAGCGUCUGUCCAACGUGUCGCCCACAUCCUGUCAACAUGCUGAAGUUCAAGUUCAAGAGGGGAAGUCUACCUCCAGGGAUGCCUCUUGAGUUUGUUGGGUGUAUUGGUGGCUGUGAUGAGACUCUGAGAGAGGUCUUGAAUUUGAAGUAUCUCCGUGUAGGGGGAGGGGGAAGAGAUUCCAGCACUCAGCUUAAUCACAGUUCAGCACCACACCAGUCAAAUCAUCCAGUAACCAAUCCAGCACUUCAGUCCAGGUCUGAGAACAGAGCACCACCUCCCAGACCAAGAGCAAACAGCAGCAGACCCAGUCCACCCAACACUACACCGGCAUGGUCCAUGCAGCCUUCACAGUCUAUCCAGAACAAUGUUGUGUGUAACUGUGGCCAGGAUGCACUUCUCCUCACAGUGCGUAAAGAGGGUCCCAACCAAGGUCGUCAAUUCUACAAGUGCAAUACGGGGAACUGUAAGUUCUUCCUGUGGGCCGCAGAGCAGGAUGACCAGCUUGGGUCAGCGGGGAGGAUCGGGUCAACAGGACAAGCGGGUCCAAGCUCUCAACCUCCCAGGCCUUCUCUUGGCUUUGGAAAUACACCUCAGCGGAGGCAGGGUAGCAGAGGAUCAGACGGAGGUGGAGAGGAGGGCAUGUGUAGCUGUAACAUACCUGCAGUCACGAGGACCGUCAUGAAAGACGGGCCAAACAAGGGCAGAGCGUUCCUCACCUGCGGCAAACCACGGGAUCAGCAGUGUGGCUUCUUUCAGUGGGUGGAUGAGAACGUUGCUCCCGCCGCUCUAGGGAAUGUUAGAGGAAACAGCAGUAAAUGGGCUGCUAGUAAGAAGAAUGAAGCCUCUUCAAGCAAAACUUCUGCCCCUAAAAGGCCAAGGACUUGUGGAAUUUGCCAUCAGCCAGGCCACACGCGCACCACCUGUCCUCAGGGCCGGUGAGACAGCAGCAAAUGGAGCUGUCUGAAGAUGAUUAUCCAUGUAUAUUCUGUCAACUGAAUGAGUUUUUGUUAUAAUUUGUAACAUUUUACUGUUUAAAAACAGUAGACACUUGUACAAAAUAAAAGCUAACAUUUAUAAGAA